CACACACACACACACACACACACACACACUGCUGUUAGAGAACGAGUCUAAUGUCCACAAAGGGAUUUCAGGAAGUUUUAAAGUUUAAAGGUAAAAGUUGGACACACACAUUAAUAGAGAGGUCGUAGAGGAGGUUGAUGGCUGAUCCUGUGCGAAGGCUGCUAGCCGUGUCCUCAAGAGGCAGGGCCAGGGUGGAAGAAGUGGGCGGGGUCAGGGGCUCUGUAUCUCAAGUGGAGCUGAAGCUUGUCCAAUCAGGAUCAGAGGUAGGCUCAGAGGAGGGCCUUAAUAAUGAUGUCACAGGCUUGAUGCUACGACAGCGGCUCAGUCGGAGGAAAGCUGUAGUAUAUCUGACAUUGACAGGACUGCUGAUAUUCACUACAGCAUUCCUGCUGGGAUACGUGUCGUCUCAUGGAAUGUGCCCUCUCUGUGUGGACGAGGGGGAGCUGGUGCUCGUCGAUGACACGGCCGGACCGGACCAUUCUCCAAAGACGGGGGGGAUGUACCUGGGGGAACUGAGAGACAUGCUGAAGAAAUACCUGCAGGAGGAGAAGAUCGAGGACACAGUCCAGCGAGUGAGCAGGACGGCCCACCCUGCGGGGUCCUCAGAGGGUCAUGCUUUAGCCAUGGAGAUUCUGCAGAGCUUCCAGAACCUUCACAUGGACCACACGUGGACCGACUCCCACUACGCCACGCUGCAGUUCCCCUCCAGGACGCAGAGGAACGCACUGUGGUUGGUUGAUGCUGAGGGGGCGGCGCUUGAAGAGAUGCUAUUAGACCAUGCUGAUUACUGCGCAUACAGUGCCACGGGAACAGCCACGGGGGGCGUGGUUUAUGUAAAUUACGCCCGUCAGGAGGACUUUGAUCAGCUGAAGGAGAUGGGCGUGGCUCUGAACGGCUCCAUUGCCGUAGCGAGGGUCGGAGGGGGCGUGAGCUUCGCUGAGAAGGUGUGGCAUGCGCAGGAGGCGGGGCAUGUGGGCAUCCUCAUUUACCCAGACCCCGCCGACAUUCCACAGGAUCCACGGCGACUUGGGCUCCAUAGCAACGCCGCUAUCUCCGAACAUGUGCACCUAGGAUCAGGUGAUCCCUUCACUCCUGGUUUCCCCUCCUUUAAUCACACCCAGUUCCCGCCCACCCAGUCCUCCGGGCUGCCAAUCAUCUUGGCUCAGCCAAUCAGUGCCAAUGUGGCUUCCAAACUGCUCAGUCAGCUGUCGGGCGUGGCGUGUCCGCGGGGGUGGAGUGGGCGUCUCCCGUACGUCCACUGUGUUCUGGGUCCUGAGUUUUCAGCAGCAGAUGGACGGAAGGUAAAGAUGGCCGUCUAUAACACCAUGAACUCCGUCCUGCUGAACAACAUUUUUGCCUCCAUUGAGGGGCAAAAUUGAGCCUGGGAGCCGACAAGGUCCGGUGUAGGAACAGCGAUUCUGCUGGAACUCGCACGCACUUUCAGUACCAUAGGUGCAGAACGGGUUUCUCCCAGACGCAGUUUGCUUUUCGUCAGCUGGGACGCCGGAGAGUUUGGAAACGUGGGCGCCACCGAGUGGCUGGAGGGUUACCUGUCCAUGCUACACCUGAAGGCUGUGGCCUACUUCAGUCUGGACCAGGCAGUCAUGGGUGAUGAUACUUUCUCUGUGUACAUGAGUCCCUUGCUUGCUGACCUCAUCGAAGGAGCCAUUAAACAAGUUGAACACCCGAAGCACGUGGGUCAGUCCAUCAUGUCUGUGGCUGAAGCUCAGGGCGGUUGGAGGAGCAGAGUGAAGCCGUUGUAUCUGAACAGCGGUGCGUACAGUUUCACAGCGUUCGGUGGUGUUCCUGCCAUGGAGCUGCGCUUUCAUGAGGAGGGCCAUGUGUACCCGUUUGUGAACACACAGAUGGACAGUGUGUUGCGUCUGCAGGAGCGGCUGCAGGGCCGUGUGUGUGUAGUGGGCCGGGCCGUGGCCGAGCUGGUGGGACUGAUGGUGCUGAGACUCGCUCAUGAUCACAUCAUUGCUCUGGACAUCACACCCUACAGCACGACCGCCCUCAAACUCAGUGCCCUGCUCACACAGCUGUCUGCAGAGCUACAGGCCCGGGGUCUGUCCCCUCAGUGGGUGUACAGUGCGAGAGGAGAUUACAGUCGAGCGGCUAAAACACUGCAGGAGGCCAUUAAGAACACAGACAUACAGGACGAGAGGAUGACACGCCUCUAUAACACACGCCUCAUGAGGGUGGAGUACUACUUCCUGUCUCAGUACGUGUCAGUGGUGGAGACUCCAUUCCGCCACGUGCUGCAUGGUCGUGGUGAACACACUCUGAGUGCGCUCACUGAGCAUCUCUCCCGGCUGCGUUCUCAUCCUCACCUGUUCCACGAGGCUCGCUUCCGCCGCCAGCUCGCGCUGUUCACCUGGACACUGCAGGGAGCGGCCAACGCGCUGAGCGGUGACGUCUGGAACAUCGACAACCCGUUCUAGAACCUUAACUACCCUGCCCAACCAUUCAGAACUCAAAACUGUUCCAAGCCUUUUCUAGAACCUGCAAAAUCCCUUCUAAAAAAAUUCCUUCACAAAAACCUUCAGGAGCCGUUUGGACCCUUUAGAGCCCUGCUGUAACCUCUGUAGAACAUUUACAUUCCACUCUAAAAGCUUCACAAUCUCUCAACACCAUCCACAAACCAUUCUAGAACAUUCUGCAUAACUCCUUCUGGAAGUUGCACAAUCAGAACCUUUCUUUCUAGAACCUUCAGUGCUCCCAAAACAUUUAUAAACAUUUACAUUUAUAAAUGCUCCAUUUAUUUUAGGGCAUUCAGAUACCAUUCUAGAACCUUCACAUCCUGUCAGAACCAUUGACAUCCCAUUCUAGAACAUUUACUACGUCCCAUGAAUAUUCACAACCCCGUGAGGUCAUUUACAACACAUUCUAGAACCUGGACAACUCGACAACUCCUUCUAGACUAUUCUCAGACUGUUCUAGAACCAUCACGACCCUGUUCUAGAAUCCGCACAGUUUCUUCUACAAAGUGUCACAGCAUGUUGUGAAAAAUUCACAUGGCAUUGUUGCACAUCUGGCACUUUCAAAACCGGUUCUACAAAUGUCAGAACCACUCAGACAGCCAGUUCUAGAAACUCGAGAACCUUUUCCAGACUAUUUCACAAAUUCACAACUCACUCUAGAACACAUGGAACCCUCACAACCCAUUUCUGGGAUUCCCAAAGCUAGAGUUUACUCUAAUACCAUCACAACCUGGAGUUAGCCCAUAACCAUCACAACAUAUUCUACAAAAACUUGCAUGUGUGUGUGUAUGUGUGUGUGUGUAUGCGUGUAUGUGUGUGUGUGUGUAUGUGUGUGUGUGUGUGUCUGGCAGUUUCUCUCGUUAAUUACUGAUUAAUAGACAGUUAUGAUUACGUUGUAAUUCUUUUUUAUUACUGAGUGAUAAUGUUGUUAAUAGAAGUAGUAAUUAUCGAGAGCAGUGUCUCUCAUAAUUAUGACAGUCAUACUGUCGUCCAAUCAAAAAGCAGCAUCUGCUAUCAAUCAUCCCCGUGAUGUCAGAGCCACACCCCUGGCCUGUGACAUCACCGGGCUCUGUCUUUGCCAGUGAUAAUGGAGAUCAAAGUCCGCCGGUGUGACAUCACUUCCUCUGUAGCUCUGAUGUCAGAAGCAUUGUGUAGCUCUGUGUAGCUCCCUCAGAGAAGGCAUGUGCUGUAUCUGAUGAUGUUCAUGCUCUGUGUUUGUGAUAUUAUUGAUUAUUGAUUAUUGAUUAUUGAUCAUGAGGAUGAUGACACAGAGGGCUGGUGAGACGAACUCCAAUAAAUUAUUUUACUUUCAGCAACAA